AUGGCCUCCUCCUCCUCCGUCUCCAACAGUAGUGCAUAUAGGUCAGCCAGGCAAGUUCGAAGAAGGUGCGAUUGUGAUGAACUAGUUGGCAGGUGGAGUUCAUGGAAGCCGAAGAACCCUGGAAGGAGAUUCGUUGGUUGCCCCAAUUACAAGGUGAGUAUCUUCGAAUCUUUGAGUGCGAGUUGCACUGCAAAAUGUCGUCCAAUGCAGGAUAAGGAAAAGGAUUGCAAAUUCUUUGAAUGGAUAGAUCCUCCAUUACCAAACAACUGGUACAAACAGAUGAUCUAUGAUUUUCACAACCAAGGAAUUCAUGGAGUCAAUGAUGAAGGGUUUGAAGACUUUAUGGGUGAAGAUGUGGAAGGAGUAGUGCAACAAAUUCCUCUGCAAGUGGAAGGUGUGAUGGUUCUUAAGGGAUGGAAGAUUUGGUGUUUGGUUGGUUUGAUUGCAAUUAUUUGGGUUAUGGUUAUGUAA